UUAGUUACAACAAGCACCUCUCGGCCAUGGCCAUAAAUAUUGAUCACUUGAGAUUUAAGAAGAAGAAAGCAAUCAAAUCAACGCAAAAUACUCAAAGGGUUCAAUGUGAUUUGGAAUUUAAGCUGAGUAUUAUAUGGAAGGCGGUUGUGAAAGAGUUAACCAAGUAGAAGAGAGUCGAGGUCAACUGAUAAGCGGGCUUCCUGACGACGUUGCUCUUUUCUGCUUGGCGAGAGUUCCGAGAAAGUACCAUGCGGUGCUGAAGUGUGUUUGUAGGAAAUGGAGAGACUUGGUUUGUAGCGAGGAGUGGUAUGCUUAUCGUUUAAACAACAAUUUGAGUGAGACGUGGAUAUAUGCUUUGUGUCGUGACAAGUUUGAGCUGAUAUGGUGUUAUGAACUGGACCCUUACGAUUCAAGGAGGUGCUGGAGACUUGUUCAAGGGCUUCCGUCUCAGUGUUUGAAGAGAAAGGGUAUGGGGUUUGAAACACUUGGGAAAAAGGUUUACUUGUUAGGCGGUUGUGGUUGGUCGGAAGAUGCUACUGAUGAAGCUUACUGCUUUGAUGUUGCAAGGAACUCUUGGAGUGGAGCGGCUUCCUUGUCUACGGCAAGGUGCUAUUUUGCUUGCCAAGUGAUGGAUGGGAAAAUCUAUGCUAUUGGUGGAUUGAGUUCGAAGUUGAGUGAUCAACCUUUUUGGGAUACUUACGAUCCUCAAAAGAAUUGUUGGGAACCACAUUCUGAUGCUAAAAUAUGUCAUGAUGUUACGGAUUCUAUAGUCUUGGAUGGAAAGAUUUAUAUUCGUUGUGGUGCCUCAUCGGCGACUUCUCGUGUAUAUGCCAUAUUUUAUGAACCUUUGGAAGGUACGUGGCAGCAUGCAGACGCUGAUAUGGCAUCAGGCUGGAAAGGUCCGGCAGUUGUAGUGGAUGGUACUCUUUAUGUGCUCGAUCAGAGUUCAGGAACUAGGCUGAUGAUGUGGCAGAAGGAUAAAAGAGAAUGGGUGGCAGUUGGAAGGCUUUCAUCAUUGCUUACGAGACCUCCUUGUCGCAUUGUAGCAAUCGGUAAGAGAAUAUACAUCAUAGGGAAGGGACUGAGUACGGUGGUGCUUGACCUCGACAAAACUAGAAAUAUGGACGGGGUAAUGGUCGGUUCUUCCAUGCCUGGAUUUAUUUCUGAAGAUAAUGUAAUCAGCUGUAAAUGUGUAGCAUUAUGAAACACCUUUAUAGAUUCAUACGUUACAAUACAAUACAAACUAUCUUUUUCUUUGAAGAA